AUGUCUAUGCGAACGGCUUUCCGUCGUACGGCAACUGUCGCUGCCGCCCGCCCAGCUUUCGCCCGCGGCUUCCACGCCUCCCCUCGUACCCUGGUCAAGGUUGGCGACGAGAUCCCCGAUCUCGAGGUCUUGCACGAGGACUCCCCCGGCAACAAGGUCAACCUGGCCGAGGAGUUUAGCUCAGGCGACGGAUAUAUUGUCGGCGUGCCCGCUGCCUUUUCGGGGACCUGCUCCAGCAGCCAUGUGCCCUCAUACAUCAACAGCCCCAAGCUCAAGGAUGCUGGCAAGGUGUUUGUCGUCUCUGUCAACGAUGCGUUCGUCAUGAAGGCUUGGGCAGACCAGCUUGACCCUGCUCGCCAGACCGGAAUCCGCUUCCUCGCCGACCCCUCUGCCACAUUUACCAAGGCCCUCGACCUCGACUUUGACGCCUCGGCCAUCCUCGGUAACGUCCGUGGCAAGAGGUACGCUCUCCAGGUCAAGGACGGCAAGGUCACGGCUGCCCACGUCGAGGCCGACAACACUGGAUACAAUGGUGGGUCGUUAUUCCGCUCGCAAUCAUGGCAACAGCACCCACAAGAGUCGAAUAUGCUGACAGUGAAACGUACAGUCUCCAUGGCCGAAAAGGUUCUCGAGUAG